AUGUGCGUUGAUGUAUGGCUGAUUGUGUUAGCCUACACUGUCGGAGCUGGUUUGGCUUUGGCAAGGAAAGUUGGAGAUGAACAGUUAAAGUUGCUUUAUCAGCAACUUGACGACAAAUAUGAUGAAAUAAAUAAGCAAGUUCAGACAAUAGCUCGUCUUCGACAGCAAAUUGAAGAGCAAGACGUGGUGAACAAUUCUUUGCGUAUAGAUCGUGAGGAACAAUUAAAAGAAAUUACAACUCUUCAGUCUGCAAAUCGUUUGAAUGCACCGACAGCGGCUGAAAAAGCUGCAGGUAACCAGCAAGACGGCAAUAUGGCCAGUCAACAACAACAACAAAUCUUCGAAAGUAUAUUGUUAGAUGAUGAGGACGAUGAACCAGGUCAUGCUGGUUCACUGGCUCAAGGAGAGACUACCUCCUUCCCUGAAGAAGAACUAGACAAGUUGAGAAAAAACAAUGCCAGGCUACGUUUCGAACUUUUAAAAACGAAAGAACGUCUUAAGUAUACUCAGGUGCGUGAACAGCGCCUAUGGAAAUUGGCUGAGGAAGAAGAUUGGCUUUAUCGUAAACGUGAUUUAGAACGUAUUAAAUAG